AACCCGCCUCCGUCUCUCUCUCUAUCUCUUGCCACUUCUUCCCCCGUCCCCUUCCCUCGCAACUCGCGAUUCCCAAAUCCCGAUGCGCCCUCGCGCCUAGCCCCCUCCGCCGCCGCCGCCAACAUCACCUCCCCUGUCACGGGACGCCCCCCCCCCUCCCCCUCCACCGCGUCCUAUGACGUCGCCGACCUCGCACCACCCGGACUCCUCCACCCCGCACGCCGGGAUCGGCAACGGCAACGGCGGCAACCACCACCUCCACCCGCCGACUCUGACCCCGGCGCCCGCGAGCACCCCGGCCGCUCCCCCCGCGCAUGCGCACGGGGGCCCGCAGGUGCGUCUCAUGUGCAGCUUCGGCGGCCGCAUCCUGCCGCGCCCGGGGGACCGCCAGCUGCGCUACGUCGGCGGGGAGACCCGCAUCGUGUCCUUCCCGCGCGCCGCGGCCUCCUUCGCCGCCCUCGUCGCCGCGCUCGCCAAGGCCGCGCCCGCGCUCUUCGCCCCCGGGGCGCCCAGGCCGUCCCUCAAGUACCAGCUGCCCCAGGACGACCUCGACUCCCUCAUCUCCGUCACCUCCGACGACGACGUCGACCACCUCGUCGACGAGCUCGACCGCAUCCACGACCUCUCCGCCAACGUCGCCCGGCCGCCCCGCCUCCGCGUCUUCCUCUUCGCGCCCGCGCCCGCGCCCGACGCCGCCUUCGGCUCCGUCCUCUCCGGCACCGCCGGCGACGCCGCCCCCAGCGACCAGUGGUUCGUCGACGCGCUCAACGCCCCCGCGCCGCACCCCAUCGAGCGCGUCCGAUCCGAGUCCUCCUCGAUCGUCUCCGACGUCCCCGACUACCUCUUCAGCCUCGACAGCCCGUCCGACGACCCCAGCCCCGGCCCCUCGGCGGCUCGCGCCAAGUCCGACGCCACGGAGACUCCGCACCACCACGGCGACGACGUGCCGCCUUCCGCUCGACAGAUACCGCACGUCGCAGGAGGAGCGUCAUCGUGGCCCGCCCCGCCGCCGCCGUACAUGGCGCAGCCUAUGUACUACUUCCCCGUGCCGCCACCGGUCCACUAUCUCGACCAGUCUGCGCAGAGUGGCUACAUGCCUCGCCCGAUCUACCACAUUGUCGGUGGCGGAGGAAGCGAGGCGCCUGGCGGAGAUCUUCACGCGGCCGGCGGAGUCUACGGCGUCUCGCACCACAUGCAGGGGUUCCCGCCGAUGAUGUACGCGCCGCCGCGCGCGGUCAUCUACAACUACAAGUCGGAGGGGAUGCCAUCGCUGCCUCCGGAAGGUGGGGCACACUCUUCCUAGGCGCAUCGACUACUUCACAUCUCUGAAUCCUGAUUAUUGUUGCAGAUGCCUAAGCUAAGGAGUUUUGCGUGGUAUUUUUUUUAUCGAUUCGUCUAAGUCUUGUUCGUUGUUUUGUAUAGAUGGAGGGGUUGAUGGUGAUGGAUAGAUAUUAAUGCAGCUUUCGUCUAGUGGAAAUAUAUUCGUGAAAUGUAUAUCAUACUAAAUAGUAUAGUAUUUGGUGUGAUUAAUUAGUAUUCUAGUUAAUGUAAUGUGGGAUUCAUAUAAUCUAGGUGGUUCUGGUCUUAUAGAAACCAUUUUUGGGCAUUUUAUAUUUACAUAAACUGGAUGUUGGGUGAAUGUUCUAAGCAGUAUGUGCUGUGUUGAACCUCAAUCACUUAUGAGUGGUUUACUAAAUUUGAAUUUGCUGUUCUUUGCUUGAGUGCUGUAUUGACUGAACGAAUUCUCUCUAGAUUUGAUAAAAGAGAUCAUGUUUAGCCUGUUUACUUCUUAGUUAGUUUGAUGAGUUCAUUUGUUUUAUGUCUGUAUUGAGUUUGUAUGAUGUGGUCCUUCUCAGAUUCUGCUGCUGUUCAGUCCUCCUGAGGAUCCUGUACUUGGAACAACAUGUAAAGCAUCUACUUCGGUUCUGAUGAACAUAUGCAUGCUAGUACUAGUAGAUAGAUCAUAAAACAUAUACACAUACUCAGAUGUAAGAAAUCAUCAUGUGUACAUCAAAAUAAAUUCAUUUAUAUAAUAAGUGAUCUUU